AUGAUGUGCAGUAGCAAGAGUUUGCUCCUGGCUGCUUUGAUGUCACUGCUGCUACUCCACCUCUGCAGCAAGUCAGAAGCAGCAAGCAGCUUUGACUGCUGCCUCCAAUAUACAGAAAAAAUCCUUCAUCCCAAAUUUAUCGUGGGGUUCACACAGCAGCUGGCCAAUGAAGCUUGUGACAUCAAUGCAGUCAUCUUAUACACAAAGAGAAGAUUAGCUGUGUGUGCAGAUCCAAAGAAGAGUUGGGUGAAACAUGUAGUGCAUAUCCUCAGUCAAAGAGUCAAGAAGAUGUAA